ACUUCGGGCCAGCAGCGCAGCAGUUUUUUUUAAUAGGCUGUGCUGUCGCUUCAUUUGGUGGCAUUGACGCAUCUGGACUGACCCACUCCACGGGCGGCGGAGAGAUUUGCCCACUCUUUUCUUAGAAGUUUCAUGGAGUCUUUGUGGAAAUCAUUGAUUACACGGGUGAGGUCCGGAGCAAUAUUGAUGAAUCAUCAUAACAAGGCUACUACAUGAUGAGCAACCAGUCAAUGCAAACCCUCAGUGAUGCAGUGUUACGAGCCAAGAUGCCAUUAUUUGACCGGACGAUAGCAUCUGCAGGACUGUCAAAACCGCAAAAUAUGUCUGGUUUCCUGGGCAAGCAGACGCUGCCGUGCCAUGGGGCCUUCUUUGCUUAUGACCCGAGAGGAAAAGAGGGAGCGGGAUUCACUUCUCCUUGGAGGAACUCAAAGACAUCUCUGCUGAACGACCGGAGUACUAUGAGUCACCUCUCUGGCAUGGAGGGAAACCAUCUGAUUUACAGACACGACAGCAAUUCUUCAGAGGAAACUCAGUCUUCUGCUACGCGUCACACCCCGGUAAAACAGGGCUUUAUGAGGUACAAGAAAAGUCCUGAGAUCAGCAGUCCCACAGCUGCAGCGUCGUUACCUAUUAGAAAACAAAAAACUGGAGGUGAGACUUCAUCGCCCCCAUCUGAAAACUCUGUUUACUUAGCGAUUCCCAGGCCGGUUUAUGGACAUAAUCCCUGCUGUAAUGAACUGGGUUGCAUGUUAGGACAACGCUACAGUGUGGAACAUAGCUCUCCAAGGAUACCAAACACUGUAUAUGAGCGUGACUGGAUGCAAACUGAUGCUCACUACGCUGAAAAACCAUCUGUUGAAAGGAAAGGACAAGAAACGGUGCUUCAACAGAGAGUCUUACAGUUUGAACAUAGCACAGAUACACUGAAGAGGCUGACUGUGGACUCAUACAGCCCUGUUAGAGGAAGAACUUUGCCUGCUGUGAUUGAGCCGCACUACAGCAGUUACCCCUGCACCCCGACUCGUCCACUGUUUGGUUCUUUAAGUGAGCAUAGCCAGCCUUUACAGACUUCCCCCAGAGGCUACCCCAGCCUUUACCCCUCCCACCCUACAUAUGAGCAUAUGACCUCAGAGGUUUAUCAGGAACGUUCUCCCAUGUCCAAAUAUGGCCAACUAGCGCAGCACCAAGUGUUUUACUACCCCCAGGCAAAUGUGGAGGUAGAAAACAGAACCCAGUGUAAAGAUAGUGGCAGUAAGCAGAGAGAAGAUGUUGCUGUUAUUCAUAAACACACAAGCUCAAACCCUCGGGAGCAUUACAUAGUGCCUCAGUCGCUUCAUGCUGAAAUUCCUUUGCCUUUGUCUAGCACUGAAAUGUUGCCAAAUCAUUCCUUUAUGCGGGGUUUGAACUAUCCAUGCUAUGCUGUUCCAAGACUUCAUUUAAAUCCAAGCCAAAUCAGAGCCCCCCUAAAAAGGCAACAUGCAUCACCUACUUUUCAUCCUAGCCACAAAAAUGUUUCACCAUCCAGCCAACACAUGGAUCACCCCAUGGUGUCCGCCAGCAGUUUACAAAAAGACAAACCCAAGCACCCCGGCCUUCAUGUUGACCACCUACCCAUUUCCUCACCGUUCCUACCUGUGACUCAAACCAGCCCUGCCAGACGUGUGAGCAAGCCAGGUGUCUCACCAUCAGUUAUAGAAAUGAGAGGAUUCUUCCCCCCUCUCAACCGCCUGCAUAUGGACCCACCCAUCCUUCCACCACUUGGCUUGAAUGUGGACAGAGCAGUGGACUAUUCCUCCUGUGAAUCUCAAGUCCCUUGCCCGACUCAGCCAAAAAACGUUCCAGUUUCCCCAGCCGUGUGGCGACCUCAGUCACCCAAUCGGAGUUCAAAUCGGAUCCACACAGACGCGCCUAGGAGUGCAAAUGUCCACAAAAGUAUCGAUUCUCCUGCUGUCGAAACAAGACGCAAACAUAAAAGCUCUGUGUCCAGUCCAGAAACCGCUGUUAAUAAACAGUGUCUAAAGAGGAGCAUUUCCCAUUCAUCUUCACCUGUCAAAAUAAAAGAGGAGGAUAAGGAUUUAUAUGAAGUGGAAUGGAUCAGGAAGAGACAAAAGUUGAAAACGGAGAUUAUCCGAGAAGGAAAUAAGAAUGACUCUCCCCCUAUGCCAGUUAUUGACACUGUUUUCAGUUUGGCACCUUACCAAGGAUAUCUGCAGAUCUCGAGAGGGAUCUCUGGAGCUGGAGCAUCAGGGAAAGCCUGUCAGUCCUCUGAGCAGCACGAAGUUAAAUCCAAGCCAGACAAAGAAAAGAAACAAGAUCAAGCUAAACAGGAGCCUGUUGUGUGUCUAGUUUUUAAAGAAACUCAUACUAAUACUCCAAAAGAGAAAAGUGCUGCAGAAGCUGUUGAACCCAAAAAUAUUAAAGUAGAAAACCUAGAUAAAUCAGAUAUCAGCAGCUCUACAGAUGACAGCAUUAGUCCAAACCACAGCAGUAAAAUGGAAGUCAAAAAAGAGCCCACAGAGACUGCUUCACCUGAUGAUGGACCUAUUUUCUUAAAAAAGACAAUUGAACCUGAAGAACACGAAACUAAGCCAUCUAGAGCAGCUGAAAAUAAGACUUCAGAUGAGUCCAAACCUGCUGAGAUGACUGCACAGACAAACUCGACUUCUGAAGGUGACACAAAAGCAACACAACACAAAGAGGAGCUCAUCCUUGCCCCCAAACCCACGACUCCACUGCCUGGGAGCAAACAAAAUUUCAAAAACAUUCCCCCUCAGUGUCUUAAACUUUCCACCUAUAAGAUUAUUAUCCCUAACGGCAAGAAUUAUUUCCCUGUUCCACCACCACAGAAGCCGACUGCACAGCCAGCAGCUGAGUUCAUACCAAACCAAGAUAUCCAAACGCCCGCCCGCAAGCAUUUCUUUGAGCUGCACCAGUCAUUCUGUAAGCUUGUGUCCAAAUCUGUGUCGACUUCUUCAGAGCAGGACCUUAAAAAGUGGUUGUCCCAACUGAAAAUAACCGAAUCGGUAUCUCACGUGACCAAAGUCCAGAACGUUUCCUGCCUGCUGGGGGUAAAAGCCAGAGAGGCUUGGCUCAACGAGGAGAUGAAAUCGGCACUUGACGCGGUCCUCGACAGGUUAAGAGAGUACUCGAUCCAGGAACGCUGUCCUUUUCCGCACGUCAUGCGGACGGGAGCAGUGUUUCUCCCCAUGCUGGUGGUCAAGGAGCUGCUGUUUCCUAUGGUCCAUGGCAGCUUCAUUGACCAGGUCCUGCAGGAGCACAAAGUCGAGCUGCGACCCACCACGCUCUCUGAAGAGAAGAUCCUCAUCCAGCUCCAUAAACGAGCCUGCUCCUCCAGACUCAGGAGACUGAUGUCCCUCAAACACCUGCCCGACGUCUAUGCCAACGCGGUCAACCUUCUGUAUUACGUCUGCGUCUGCAAACAGCUGGGAUUAGAUAUGGACUCCGAUCACAGGGAACAAGAUGGAAGCUGUGAAGCAUCUAACAGCGGGAGGGUUCCUGUAUUUUCUGACACCACUGCCUCCGCAGCCUCGCACUCAGAGUUGCAACCCCAGAGAUGUUCAGAGGAUGAGGAAACACAAUUGCAUUUGAACAGGAAUAAAACUAAAAGAAGAGUAAAGAGCAGUUCGAGGCGUACGUUUCUAGAAAACAGGUUGUCAGAUGAGGAAGAGAGAGGGGAUACGGACAAGGUUGUAGCUGAAAGCACUGUCAGCACAACUGCAAAGAAAAACUGCAGCGCCCAUGAGCCCCAGGAGAGUGAUAAUAAAGGGACUGAUUAUAUGGUUUCAGAGCAGAAUCCAUAUAUUUCAUGGAUGUGUCCUUUAACACUGGACGAGCUAUCCCCAUUCCCGAGCGACGCAGAAACUGAGGGAUCUUCCAGCAGGUGGCACGUUGGUCAGUCCUCACCAUCAGUCAAAUCUAAGGAAAACUCUAAGAAUUGUUCAGGAGUCAUUGUUAAACUGAGGAAGAUACUUAGUGAAGGUCUAAAGAGAAAAAAAGCUCGAUACCAAGCAGUGUCAGAGUCGGAGACAUCUGCUGAUACUUCCAUCUCACAGACUGAUGACGGGGAGAGUGUGAUCGGUGAGGCCGACGUUCACAGGAGGACACCCAAAGCAAAGCACAGGUGGGGGAGAACAGGAAGCCUCUCUCAUGCUUUAAGACCCCUUGGCAGCUCUUCUAAAAGAAAACAUAGAUCACUUUUGGAGAUCAAAUACUGUCCGUACUUGUCUGCCUGUCACAGCGCCGAACACAGGAGGCGAUGGGUCCUGCGUUCAGCUGUGCAGAGGGCUCAGAGGGCCAUGAGGUUCUGCUACCCCGAGUUGGUGGGAAAGAGGAUCCGCCAUCUGUACGAGGAAGUUGACAAAUCAGAGGUGUGGUACAGAGGGGAGGUGCUGCGCAUCCACGAGGCUCACCCCAACCCCCUUAAGACCAUAUUUGAGGUCAGGUAUGACAGCGAGCCAGAGUGGAAGUACUACCUCGAGCUUCUCAUAGACUAUAAAAAAGGCUGGCUCAAAAUUGAAGACUAAUUUCCAGGCACGUACACACAAUGCUAUGACACCUCUGUGAGCGCAACGACAGCUGAGCAUUUUUUUUUUUUCUUAACUCACUUACGAAAGGUUCCUCGAGAAUGAAGGUGAACUGGAUUAUUUUUUUUCUACUUCAUCUUUUAUAUAAAAUAAUGAAGUCACCUAAAAAUUGCCUGUUAUGUAAGCACAAAGUUGUGCUUUCUUUAGUGAUGGGCUAUGUUCAGUGUUUAGCUCAUUUUUUUUUUUUUUUUUUACAUUCUUAUCAUUUAUGCGGUAACUUUAUUUUAAUAAAUUAAAUUUUGAUGACACGAAAGAAAUCACUGCCUCACUGUGCCCCUUUACUUUUAUAAACUGCGAGCAUCAGUGGAGUAUUUAUUUUUUUAAGUCAUCCUGACCUUUCUUUUGAAACAGUGCAGCAGAGGGAAAUUAGUGGCUUGGCGUAGUUUGAAUGAGCAUUACUUUCAAGCACCGUACUGUACCGUAAUGCAGUGCCAGUCACAUAUAGCAUUAAUGCAGAAAACUGAUCUUGACCCUGAUGAUGGUGGUUGCCUUAUUGUAAGUAAUGUAAAGACCGGUGAUGAAUUAAAUGGAAAAACGUUGACCCUUACAAUGAUGCAAAUUUACACUGCAAAUCAAUGCAAAGUUGCUCUGAGCCGCCACCUUUGCCCAUUUCUGUUCAGAUGGAAAUGGUCUCUUUCAAGAUGACAGUGCCCCUGUACACAGGGAACACGGGUUUCACUGAGUGGCUGAUGGGAAAGAUGUAAAUAAUAUAUACUAUAGUUGAUGUAACCAGCUGGACACCUAUGGAUGCGCUCUUGGAUGCUCCCUCAACCACCAUCAGCAAAAUACCAAAUGAGUGAAAGCACUAAAGUCAAAACACUGAAUAACUUUGAGAAGCUUGGUCCAGUCCCUCAAGUAGAGGAAGCUCCUUUAAUUUUUCAACCCUUUGUAGUUUUUCUGUUGAAACUGCUCAGGUUUUAAAAACACAAGCCGAGUGUGCUGUAUACAGUCAGUGUGAAACUUAUGACUGAACCUCAAAUCGUGGUUUUGUUUUGUAUGAUUUUCCUACUUCUACAGACUGAAUUAAAGCAUU